ACAUUGCUUUAUUUUGUUGUAUUUGCGUGUGUUUAUAUAUAUCGUGUUGUAUUGAGUUCGUUCUUGUAGCAUACAUCAGUCUGCAUCAAGAUGUUGGAGUUAAAGUUGAACCACGCUGUUGUGUUGCGUCGUAUUUUCGACUGUAUGCGUGACAUCAUUAGCGAUGGCAAUAUCGACUUUGAUGCUACGGGAAUGUCCCUUCAGGCAUUGGAUGGUAACCACGUCGCUUUGGUCCACCUUAAGCUUCAUGAGAGUGGUUUCAGUUUAUACCGUUGUGACCGUCCACGUGCUCUUGGUAUAAACCUGAACUCUGUGACCAAGGCAUUUAAGUCAUGCAGUAACCAUGAUUCUGUAUUGAUUCAGAGUGAGGAGGAGAAGGAUUACAUUUCAUUUAUUUUUGAGAACAAUGUUGACGAUCGUGUGAUGAGUUUUUCUUUGAAGCUCAUGUCUAUUGAGCAGGAUGCUUUGAGCAUUCCUGAGAACACUGAGGGUUACGAUGCUGAGAUAACUUUGGGUUCUAAGGAGCUUGCUAACAUUUGCAAGCAGAUGAAUGAGUUUUCUGACACUCUCAAGCUUGAUGUGUCUAUUAAUUCAGUUUCGUUUGCUACUCAGGGUGACCUUGGUUUUGGUGAGAUUGUAUUGAAGAACAGGCCUCCAACUAACGAGUCUGACUGUGGUGUUUCCGUUAAGGUUAGGCGUCCCAUUAAGCAGAGUUACGCUACCAAGUAUUUGCUUAUGUUUGCAAAGAGUUGUUGUUUAAGUGAUGUUGUAACUCUUGGUUUAUGUCAGAACCGGCCUAUUGAGGUGAAGUACGACGUUAAGGAUGCUAUUGGUGAUGCUGAUUCGCCACAUGCUCAUAUUCUUGGUGAGCUUAAAUUUUACUUAGCUCCUAAGGUUGAUGAUGCCAUGGACACUGAUGCCUGAUCUGCUUUAGGUGCAGCAUAUAAUUUGGUAACCGUUAUGGCACAUUGGUUAAUUUAUCAUUUACGCCCUUU